AUGGAGAAGGUUGAGAUUGAAUAUAUAAGACUGAAUAUUGGAGGCACAAUAUUCAAAUGUUACAGGAAAACUUUAAGUACAUUUCAAGAAUCAAAGCUGCAUAACCUUGAUAAAGACAAAGAUGAUUUUGAUAGUGAACACAAUGAAUUUUAUUUUGACCGAAAUCCUUUGUUGUUUGCCUAUAUUAUUGAUGCCUGUCGUAAAGGAGCUAUUCAUCUACCAAAAGACAUUUGCGGGACUACUUUUAAACAGGAACUGGAAUUUUGGAAUAUUCCACUAGACAAAGUUGCUCCUUGUUGUCUAGAAACUUUAUAUCGAAGCAAAGAUGACAUCGACACAAUUGAAACGUUGAUAACACACGAGGAACAGACGUCUGUAAUUGAAUUAAAACAAGAGCGAGAGAAAAUAAGUUUUCAAACGAGACUUUGGUUGUUUCUGGAUGAUCCAAGUUCGUCAAAAUUGGCGCAGGUAUUAUACGUUGCACUGUGUGAUUUCUUUAUAACAGGUUCAGACAAAAAACGCAAACAGCGAGUAUGGAAUACAGUUAUGUCUCUACUUGUUGUUGUAUCUACAUUCAUAGAUGUGCUAUCAACAGUAUCAGCGUUUCAACAAAAUUUCACAGAGGCUGAAAUCAGGUCUUUAGAGAAAGUUUCAGGUCUACUAAGUCAGGGUAACAAAACAAUGGAGAAGCUUGUAACAAUGAAACCAAAAGAUUAUCUCUUCUACAUCAUUGUUGCAUGUCAUGUAGUUUUAACGUUAGAGUUUUUGCUGUGUUUCAUAGCAUGUAAAAAUAAAAGGUCUUACAUGCUUUGUUUCAUACGUAUGAGCACCUUAGUUGGGUAUACUUCAUUCUGGAUUAUGUAUGCUCUCUAUAUUAACCUCGCAUACAUUGAAUCGUGGAUCGUUAUUACAGUUUACUUAUUCCUCUCUUAUUUACAAAUCGCAAAAAUCGCAAGAUUGUUUUAUUUUACCAAACGUAUACCAGCAUUUGCAAUUAUGGGGUUAACCUUUAGGUCGUCUAUUCAUGAAUUUAAGAUUCUGGCGUUCUUAUUGGGUAUUCUAGUUACUAUUUUCGGCUACUUCUUCUAUGCAGCCGAGGUCUUUUAUAAUCCUAAAAUGUCUAGCAUACUUGAAGGAAUUUAUUGGGCUUUGAUUACUGUGACGACCGUGGGAUACGGUGACUACGUUCCGAAAACUGCUUUCGGUCACGUGAUUGCCUCUGCCUGCGCAGUGGUUGGUAUACUGGUUCUUGCACUGCCCGUUGGUAUAAUAGCUUCCAAUUUCUACAAAUUCUACAACUAUCAUGGGUACUCUAAGAAGCACAUAGAAGCUAUGAGGGAAAACCAUUCCGACAAAAAUUUAACACGACUGUAAUCAAUAACUUAUCCUAGUAGCUAAACUUGUGUUUGAUUACUUUCGUCAUAACAGUUUUGCAGAACCAUUCCAACGCUACACAUAUUGAUUACGAAAUAAAAACGCCAUUUUCGGUCCAGUCUGAAAAGAUUAAUUCAAAAUUUUGCAGCUAUAUUAUUUUUCUUUUUUAUUAAAAAACCAUGGAAGUAACAACAUAUAGUUUUUAACUUAUGCAGGAACUUGAGAACAAAAUCAAGUGUAAAUAAUCCCGAGAAAAAUUGAUAGUUAAAUAUAAAUUUGUGACACUAUACCGUCAGGUGUUAAGUCUGUGCCUCGGGCAGCUAUGUUUUUCAUCGAUUUUGCCAGUAACGGUUUAGAAGUUGCAAUUUAAUGAAGAUUACUAAAUCAACAGAUUUUGUGCAUUGAGAAAUUGUGCAUUUUGAUAGUACGUUAUAUAAUUGUUAAAUAAAAUUUUGUAUUGAAUUAGUUUCAUGUUCCUUUUCAAGUUCAGUGGUUUUCCCAAGGGAAAAAGUACUGUUUCUAUUAGGACAAUGAUAUAUAUUGAUAUUGUAAAAGUCUCAUCAACAAUAGCAUCAUGGGUGUCUCUAGCGAAUUGGAUAUAUAUCUGCCUGGAGGCUAAUUUUGUUGCCAUUUCUCUUGAUGUACUAAAUUAUUGAAACAUACCUACAAAUUUCUGCUAUAUAGUAACGCAUUAAGUUGAUCUUACCAUUAGCAAUUUAACCAAAUGAUAGUUGUCAAUCUUUCGAUUAUUUUCUCUCAUAGCUAUGUGCACAUUGAUUUACAUUUGGCAUAUAUAUUGAUAAUGGAAAAAAAAAACAAUAAUUAUUAUUGAUUGUGAGUUUAAAUUC